AUGGCUUCUCUCAAUCUCUCAUCCAAUGGUCCCUCGAUAUCCAAGAGCUAUCAGACCGUGGUGAAUGCACCUCCCCCAUCUACAGCGGGUUCGCCAACCUACGGUCAAUGGGCUCUCUUUUCGGUUUCCACUCCCCUGGUCAGUGCUUUCCAGCAGGAUGCAGGCAAGGAGAGUGUACUCAAGGUUCAGACCUCUGGAGAGGGGGAAUUGAUCGAUCUCAUCGAAGAAUUCUCCGAAGGAAGGGUACAGUUCGCCUAUGUCAAGGUGACAGACCCCAAUACAGGUCUCCCCAAGAAUGUGUUGAUUGCGUGGUGCGGAGAAGGUGUGCCUGAGCGGACCAAGGGCUAUUUCACGAGUCACCUGGCUGCGGUCUCGAAGUUCCUUCAUGGAUAUCAUGUUCAGGUGACUGCCCGAGCAGAUGGGGAUCUAACCCCCGAGGGAAUUGUCCAACGAGUGGCAGACUCCUCCGGCUCCAAGUAUUCCGCUGGAGAGACUUCAAUCCCCACCCCCGCCUCCCGUCCUCCCGUGGCCAACAAGCCUGCUUUCACACCGACAAGAUCUGGAGGAAUCGCUCCCAACCCCGCCCGACCACCACCCGCAUCAUCCAGAGCCCCCCUGGAAAAGGUCCAAUCUGCCUACCAACCCACCAGAGUGAACUUGCAAGAGCUCAAGGCAAACCCAACAGCGACUCGCCAAGCCCCCGCCUCGACCUCAGACGACGCUGGCGUUGUCAAGGGUGGAUACCAGCCAAUUGGAAAAGUCGAUAUUGCUGCCAUUCGGAGACAGGCCGCCGAAUCUGGCCAGCUCAAAGAUGAACGCCCGGCACCCGUUAAGGGGUCCUAUGAGCCGAUUGGUAAAGUUGAUAUUGCUGCUCUCAGAUCCAAGGCACAGAAGCCAACUGGCGACAGUGUCUCAUCGAGCCCUGCUGCCAAUGAGACCCCUACAACGCUUCCUGAGCGUCCUGCUCCAUCCAAUGACUCGGAGCGGUUGACAAACCUGCCCAAGCCCAAGGUUGCCAAUAAGUUUGGGGGCGGUCCUUCUUUCCCUGGUACUAAGCCGCCGCUCCCGACUGGCCUUGAGCCUAAGCCGAGCACGAGCGCCCCAAUUGGUGUUGCAAGCCGAACAUUCGCAGACGAAGGAGGAAAAACGCCUGCUCAGAUCUGGGCCGAACGCAAGGCCAGGGAGCGUGGUGAGACGCCACCAGCUCAAAGCGCUGAGCCCACUCCGAUUCAGAGCCAGGCCAGUGGUCAAAAUGAGUGGAAGAGCUCCUACGCUGGCAAAUCAUGGGCCACAGUCCAAACCACCAGGGAGAAAUCCCAACUUCCCGAGCCACCCGUUGACGCCAGGGCCAUCGAUCAAACAGAAGAAUCCAAUGCUAGUGUCAGUGACAUCCGCGGUCAGUUUGCCAACGAUACACCUGCACCACCCGCUCCUCCAGUCCCACAGGCCAGCCGCCCCGUUCCUGUGCCUGGAUUAUCCUCUGAACCCGAGGCUGAGCCCGAGCAUGACGCUCAGCAAGUUCUCCCGACGCCCCCGCAACAGCCUCGCUCCCCAACCCCUCCAACUCCUCCUCCAGUACGUGAGAGCUCCCCCAUCCGGAUUGCUAUGCCGGUGGGACAAAGUGUUACCGAUGCCCACGAGGAGCAGCACUCCCCACCACCAGUCAUUCCCGUUCAGAGUCUUCAAGAGGCUGUGCCAGAUGAACGGGACCUUGAAGAAGAUUCGCACGAUCUUGGCCGUGCUGCGGCCGAAGCUACCGUAUCAGACCAACCUCAGAGUAAUCUGCGCGCUCAGGUCCAAUUUGAUUAUGAAAAGGCCGAAGACAAUGAAAUUGAGUUGCGUGAGGGCGAGUUUGUGACCGACAUUGAAAUGGUGGAUGAAGACUGGUGGGUGGGUGUCAAUGCUCAGGGCGAGCGUGGUCUCUUCCCGGGCAAUUAUGUGGAGAUUGUGGAGGACGACAAGCAUGAUACUUCUGCGACGCCUGCGAACCAGUACGAACCAGAGCCAGAGCCUGCUGCCGCCGUCCCUGCUCCUCCCACACCCGCCGCUGCCCCAGCACCUGCGGCUGCUGCAAGCUCCAAGGGACCUACUGCUACGGCUCUCUUUGACUACGAAGCUGCCGAGGACAACGAGAUUGGCUUCCCCGAAGGCGCCAAAAUCAUCAAUGUGGAGUUCCCCGAUGAUGAUUGGUGGCUCGGUGAACACAAUGGCGUACGAGGACUCUUCCCCGCGAACUAUGUUGAAUUGGACCAGUGA